UGAUUUCAUGAUCUUCUUGUGUUUGGAGUUUGUGGGUAGUUUCAAUGUUUUUCUAAGUCUUGCUUUUUGAUCGUCAAAUGGGUGGAUAGAGUCUGGUCUUAGUCAUAGCUUCUCACUCGGAUUUCUGUGGUCGUCUUUCACUGUUCACUUGCUAUGUGAAUCACGAAACCGGAAAAUCUUUUGGGUUUUCUUUGUUUUCUUCCAGCAAUCUAGAUUAAAGCUUUUCUAAACCUUGAAAAUCUUUGAGUUUGCUGCUUUGAUUUUUGAGGCUGCGUUUCUAUUGUUGUCUUUCUGUACUGGUAUAACUUCGUUCGCAGCCUAGGCAGGAUGAUGGAUGAAGAUACUAGUGGGGUUGCUUGAUCGUGAAAAAAAAAAGAAAAUAGCUAGGUUGCUAGCUCCUUCGCUGCAGCUGGAGGCUGUGCGUGGUUGGGAGUGCUUUAUGGUGGGGUUUUGAUUAGAAAGGGAAAGAUAAAAGGAGAGAGUAAGAGACCUGUAGUAGUGUUAUAUAUGCUGAAGGCUAAGAGGUUAAAGAUAAGGCCCAGUGGAAGUGGAAGAGAUCAUAGUAGUAAGAGCAGAUGCGGUGAAGCUUGUGACUGUUUCAAAAACAGCACAAGAAGAGAGAAGCUUAUCAUCAGAUGUUAUCCAUUGAAAACCCUCCACCAGAUCCCCCAUGUCCUUGCCAAUUUCCACAACUGAAUAGUAGUAGUGAUGAGAGAGCUUCUCUUAAGCUUCCCUUGCCAGAGGUAGAUCUACCAAACCCACCUCUUGAUCAUCAUACCCCACUUCCCAAUUUCUCUAUAAGAGAUUAUGUAUUUACAGCUCGGAGUAAAGACAUCAAGAAGAACUGGCCUUUUUCUCAGAAAAACUUGCAGCUUUGUUUGAAACAUGGCGUAAAAGAUGUGUUACCACCAUUUCAACCUCUUGCUUCAGUAAGGAACCAGUCCCUUAAGAGAUGUACGGUUGAAACUACUUCACUGGAGAAGCAAAACACAAGUGAUCUUUACAAGGAGCAGCCAGACAAUCAUGUCGUACUAGAUUCAUCUGAUGACGUCCAGUUGAAUAAUAAGCUAGCAGACUCUUGCUUAGACAUUAGUUCAUGUAGAUCUAGAGAAGAAAAUGAUUUUCCAUCCACAACAGCAAGCGUGUCUCAAUCUGAGAUAGAGUCAUUUCCUGAUAACAGGCAAUCUAGCUCACUGUUAAAGACUGAGACUUCAAGGAAAAACUCACUUGCAGUUGAGGCUGCCGGACCUUCUGGGAACAACAAGACUGAGAGCACCUCCCGUCCAUUGAGCAAGAAGUGCAGGUUGAUAGUGAAAUUUGGUGGUAACUCUGAUCGUAACUCAACUGAAGAUAUAGCUUCUAAUUCUACUACUGUAUCUGAAACAAUGGCUUCCAAAGUUUGCCCUGUUUGCAAAACUUUCUCCUCCACAUCAAACACUACGUUGAACGCUCACAUUGAUCAGUGUCUUUCUGUGGAGUCAACACCAAAAUGGACAGCUGAUUCUAAGCUAACCAGACAUAGGAUUAAGCCCAGGAAGACAAGGUUGAUGGUAGAUAUCUAUAUGACAGCUUCACCAUGUACUUUAGAAGAACUUGAUAGAAGAAAUGGUACAAAUUGGGCCACAAUUUCAAGUUUGCCCAGUCAGGAAACUGAGAAGACUGAGACUACUAACGAAGGGAAAAAGCAAAGGGUAUCGCAGAUUCAUCCUGAGGAUGCUGGUGAUGUAGGUCCCGUUUAUAUUGAUGCAAAUGGCACCAAACUUAGGAUCUUAUCGAAGUUCAGUGACCAACCUUCAGUUUCAAAAGUGGGGGAGGAUAUUGGACCAAGGAAACCUUUGAAAGGAGAUAAAGGAAUCAAAUACAUUUCAAAGAAGAAGAAGAAACGGUUUGCACAAAAACACCACAAGUAUCUGAAACUUGCUCCUCAAAGCAAGAAAAUUUUCUCCCACAAGGCCCAUGGCUCCCAGAUGUCCGGAGGUCAAGCAGAUUGUAAAGGAAAGGCUAGAUUCUGUGAGAAAGAACAUGUAAUGACAAAACAAAUCAAAACCAGUGAUUCUGGGACUUUAAGACCAUGGGUUUGCUCCAAACGAAGAGAUUUUACAAAAAAGAUAACUAGUCAUGAGGGUCAUCAACCUGUGAGGUGUAAUUGGCACUCACCUCGGGAUUUUCUUGUUGAUAAUGGUCAAUCUUUUGUGGAUGAUUCUCCUGCAGCGAGGAAACAUGCUCAGAAAUUUCCCAAUCAGUCUGAAAAUCCUAUAUCUCCUGGAAACAGUGAGAGGAUGGAUAAGUCAUGUCAUGCAGUCCAAGUUAGCAACAGGAACGAGCAUUCUCCUGGUAGAAAAAGUGUGGGUAAUCUCUUCGAGGAAGGCAGGACCAGUGACAAUGUGGAGAGCUCUUCAUCAGUGAAUGCAAAUUCCAAUCAGUUGGGCAAAAGUGGCACUUCAGUGCAGGCUAGUUUUAUGAUGGGACCUUCAAACUCUACCAGGAAUCAUGCAUUUUUGCUGAGCAAGAGGAUAGUUAAUGCUGGAAAAGAGGCAACAAAAAAUCCUGAUGUUUCUGUCAUUGCUAGCUCAAAAUCUUCACGGAAUGCUCAUGCUAUUGUAACUAAAGCAAUGAAAUUCUCCUCCUUCAGGAAAAAUAUGUCUGUUAAUGGUCGGUCUUCUAUGACUGAAUCUGUGUCUGGUAAAAUUAAAAGAAACUCAGCCAUUAAGAAAUCUCAAGUGCAUUUCAUGAAAAAACGAGAUAAAGGGGCAGUGACUUGGCAUUCUAAAGUUCAUGAACAAUAUGAUUUGAUGCAUGGGGAUGCAGGAAAGCAAGUUGAAAGAGAAGAUAUAGCUGAUGAGGAGUCUCAUGAGAGGAGCAGUGUUGUGGAAGCUAGGCAAGCAAGAGGAUUAUCAUCUAUUUCUCAAGGGGAGGAAGCAUUGGCUUUGAUGAGCUCAAAGUCUUCAACUUCAUGUUAUUAUCAUGACGAGGGGGUAAAUGCAGAUGCUUCAGUUGGAUUUGGUAAUGAUUUGCUGCAGAAGGUUGAUAACAUAGACUUUGGUAGAGAACAGGUUCAUGUCUAUGCGGAGGACACUGAUGUUGAACCAUCUUCUAAGACUUCUGAUGGCAGGAGUGGAAGCAGCUUGAUUAAGUCAGUAGACUCAGAAUUUUACAGUCUCAGAAAUUCCUUGAAGGUCCAGUCUAAUUCUCUUCAAUCUGUUGAAGAUUACAGAGGGCUUUUGUGUGGGAAUGAGGCACCAGGAGUUCCAGCUAAGCCUGAUUUUGUCAUUGACCAAGAGAUGUUUUCUGCUGAUGAAGUUGGCAAUCAUAUGCUGGGACAAGAUGCUGAUAUAGGGGUGGAGUUGGAUUCAGAAGUUGGGCAAGGGAGCUCUUUUCCAGAGGUUGACCCAAUACCUAUUCCAGGACCACCAGGUUCGUUUUUGCCGAGUCCUAGGGAUAUGGGCUCAGAAGAUUUUCAAGGCAACUCUUCCCUUACCACAAGCCGGGUUCAUUCUUCUCCAGAUCAACAUGAUGUGGUUGAUGGCGAUUCAUCUGAUUCUCCAAUGUCUGCAGCAUCCACCAUCUCUAACUCCACGGCAGGUAGAUCUGAUUUUAACUAUUCAGAUCCAUCAUCAUCAGUGGGACCUUAUGUUGUUGAAGAGAAGAUUAGGUCAACUGGUGCUAGCGUUCAGCCUUCAGUACAAAGUGCUGGUGCCGUUCCACUGGCAACAGGUGCAGAAGUGGAAAGAACUUUUGAUGGAGAAUACAUGAAACUUGAUAGGAUCUAUAUUGAGAAGGGCUCUCUCAAUAUCAAGAAUGAUCAGCCAUGCUGUUGCCAAAGGAAGGAGAGAUUUUCUCAGAGUGUUGCUUUAAAUUUUCAAGAUUCACAACUAUUAAGACGACGAAAAAUGUCAGCUUCAUUGACUGUUCCUGCUAGUGGAAAGCAUAUGGAUUUCAAAUCCAAUCUAAGGCCUGCAGAUUUGGAUGUGAGACCUGAAUUAGCUCCUCCAAGCAUUUGCACGGAUUCAGGAUCGGAAAAGGUGGUCUUCCCAGUCAUUAAGCCUCUUGCAGGUCCCAUUCCUUCCAAGGACUCUCCCAAUUCAGGAUUGAGUUUUCUAGCUCGUAAUGAUUCUGAUUCUGCUAGUCCAUCUGCUUCAAAUCCUAUACUUCGGCUGAUGGGAAAGAACUUAAUGGUGGUAAGCAAAGAUGAAGAUGCUUCAGUGCCACUUGGGGGGGUCCAACCUCUUGUUCAGAAUACCCAUCAGAACUCUCCAUUUCUGACUUUUUCCAGAGUCUAUCCUGGCAGCAUUGAGAAUCCAGACUGCCGUCCCAUGCAUCACAUGGGCCCCCAAGCUUCUGCCAUAUUUGGUCAGAACUCGCAUAAAAUAGGACAUCGCUUUGAUGGGGGGUUGUUGAACAGUUAUAGAAGCCAAUCUGAUUCGAGGUUAUCUAUACAUUCUCGGCUACCAGCUGGCAUGUUUCAAGACCAGCUUACAGAUUGCAGUUUUGCAACAGCCAAGGAGUGUCAUGAGUACAAAGGUGAUUGCAGCAUUUCAAGCCGUCACAAUAGGCUAAGGAACAGACUGAAUUUAUCUCCCACAGAUAAUAUGGAGAGAGUUAGAUCAACUACCGACUGCCAUUAUCAGCACACAGAUUCCUCCAUAAAUCCAGCAAAAGAAAUCAUUGUUAUUGAUGACGUUCCUGAAAGUGAAAAUGUUGUGAAGUACCCUGAACCUGGGAGGGAAAGCCGGGUACAUGCUUCCGGAAUCUCGAUUCCAGCAGCUCCAAAUCAUAACCCAAGUCGUGUGCACCCUUUGUCUUUUUAUCAGUCGCAGGAACAUCCUCUCCUUAGUGAAUCACCUAUUGUGCAAAAUGCCAACUAUCAUGCAACCCCCACAAAGCUAGGCAACUCAUGUCCUGUUAGAUGGGGGUGUGCUUCAGAAGGUUCUGGUGUGCUGCAGCGGAGUCCAUUCACAGCUGCAUCAUCCUCACCUGGUCACCUAAGAUCUACGGCACUGCAUUAUUCUCCAGGCUUUUCAUAGUCGAGGUACUUUGCUUGGUUGGUCAUUUCUGCAAGAUUGUGCUUUACUGGGUUGCUCAGCAAUCAAACUUGUACUGGACUUGAGCUGCUAACUGAAUACCAGAUGCUAGAAACUGAGGUUUAAAAAUGAUUAUAGCAGAAAUAAUGGCAGUUCGAACGGAGACAGCUUUCAUAAGUGAAACAGUUGGGAACUAAGAGGAACGUUUGUAUUAGUUUCUGAUGUACUGAAUGUUGAGUCGCAUUUUAAGCAGUUUUUUAGGGUUCUGCUAAGGCAACGUCAUAAUUUCCUAAAGACUAGAUUAUGUAUAAGCAGUCCUUGAAUAAUAGUUGACAAGGAACCUUGGCUGAAAGACGCAAGUCAAAUGUUCCUAUAAAGUUCUCACCCUGAUUUUCCUUUUUA